AUGGAAGGAAAGCAAUUACCUCAUGAAUGGCAGGGUCAGUGGAGUAAGAGAGAAAGAGGGACAAGGGAGGGUGAGGAAGCCGUGUUGGAGAAGGGGAGCACGUGCAAAAGGGUUCAAUGGCGUUUAAGAGAGCCGAGAGCUGUAAACUUGCACGUGCCCUGCUUCUCCAACAAGGAGCUUCUCACCCAUGGAGAUGGAAAUGAAGAAAGAGAAAGAAGUGUGGCAGUGGAAACCGUGGCAUGUGAUGGCAUGGCAAGAUGGCAGUGUGUACACAGAAAUUCAAAGAAGGUGAUAUCGAAGGAAAAGCCGAUUGGAGUGUUACUGUUUCCUCUAAUGAUGGCCACCCUUGUUGGUCCCAAACGGAGAUUCUCAAUCAUGCACCUCCACGCAUGUCUUCUCUCUGUAGUACUUCUUCGCAUGUGUGGCCCACACAUCAUCCUCCCUUCAUCAGAAUAUCUGUGGACAGUGGCGGAUCUUGGGAGCUGA